AUGAUAUAAAAUUCUAUUAUAAAAUAGCAAGAAGAUUGGCAGUUUACAACAAUUUUAUCAGAUUUUAUUAAUACAAAUGAAGAAGAAUUCGAAAUAGGAGUCAAGCCUAAAAGUAGAAGGUUUUCUACAUCUGUUGAAAAAUAUAAGUUUAUUGAGGAAUACACAAAAAAGAAAAAGACAGAAUUAUGCAAGAAUUUUACGCUUAAAGGAUCUUGCAAAUUUGGGAAAGAAUGCUCAUAUGCCCAUGGAUGUUCUGAACUUUUGCCUAAGGCGCAUCUUCAUUAAAACUACAAGACAAGGCCAUGUAAAAAUUUUAUGAACGAUGGUUGGUGUAAUUAUGGAUCUAGAUGUUAAUAUAUACAUCCAGAGAAUUCUAUAAUAAAAAAGAAAACUCAUAAAUUAAUAUCUUAAGAUAAAUAAGCACAAUAAAAAAUCUGCAGUAACAAUUAGAAUCUAGCUGAAAAAAUAAUCCUUCUUUAUUCUGAAUUAUUACAGAAACUUAACAUUAGACCGCAAUUUAGUAUCUCAAAUUUACCUAGAUUAAAUUGCUUUAAAAAAUUAGGAAUGAAUAAGAUUAGUUCUUAGUCAAAUGAUUCUGAUUGA